AUGCCAAAGGUAGCAUGGAAGGGACUAAUGUACCAGAAUCAAGCUAGGCCAAAAGCAACAUUUAUACUAUGGUUGCUGAUGCAUGGUAGACUACAAACUGCAGAUAGGUUGAAGAAAUGGAAGAUCCAAAUUGAUGACUUAUGCUGUUUUUGCAAACAAGCUCUAGAAACAAAAGAGCACCUGUUUGCAGAAUGUAGGUAUGGCAGAGAUAUGUGGAGCAGGCUAAUGCAAUGGAUCCAAAUUCAAGUUAACUUACCUUCAUGGACAGAAUGGCAGCAAUGGAUAACACAGAAGACGAAGGGAAGAUCACAAAUGGCUAGAAUUCUCAAAUUGAUAGUUGCAGAAUUUGUGUAUACUCUGUGGAUAGAAAGAAAUGCAAGAAUCUUUGAAAACACAGCUACAACAUGGGAUAUACUAGCAAAGAAGAUAGCUUGUGUAUGUAGUAUGAGAGCUGAGGGUUAUACUGAAGUUUUGCUAGCACAAUAUAAGUACUAA